CGCGCGCGCGCACCCCCAGCGAAAACGCCUAUACGGCUGGAUAUUGUAGUUUUAUCAUUUAAGCGUCGAAUUGUGACAUUGAAUCAGGGGGCAGCGUGAGAACAACAAUACCCAUCGUGAACUGAAGAGGGAGAGAGAAAAGAUUGGCGGGUGGAUAAUAGUAGGCGAUGUUGAGGUGGCUCUAUAAUGCCGAUCGGCCUCGUACAGAAGCGGACAUUUCUGACGUGACUAACCAGCGAUCAAACACGUGGUAAAACUACAGGAUCUUCACCGGUACCGACGCACGCGCAUCCUUGUUUCGGGUUUUUGACAGGUUCAUCAUACGGGCUCGACUUCCUCACUGUACCGAUAUGUAUCGCAUGCAGUCGCUUGCAGCUCGGUCAUUGAUCGCUGGUGCUCUUGAUCAAUACACCGCCUUGAAGCUGACCGGGGUGAGACAUAAAUCUCAUGGUCCGUCCGUAGAGAAGUACGGGCAGAUGCGCUUCAGCUCCGCCGAGGCGAAAGUGGCUGCGGGGCGUCUGAAUGGUAAAAUGCGGGAGAAGACUCUGACUAUGAACACACUGAACCCGCAUGUGAAGGCUGUGGAGUACGCCGUGAGAGGACCCAUCGUCAUCAAAGCUGGAGAAAUAGAGAGAUACUUAAAGGAGGGUGGUACAAAACCCUUCUCAGAGGUCAUCAAAGCCAAUAUUGGUGAUGCACACGCCAUGGGACAGCAACCAAUCACUUUCCUCAGACAGGUGGUGGCUCUCUGCACUUUCCCAGAGCUGAUGGACAGCCCCAGUUUCCCAGAGGAUGCGAAAUGGAGAGCACGGCGUAUCCUGCAGGGCUGCGGGGGACACAGUCUUGGGUCAUAUAGUGCAAGCCCAGGCGUAGAGUACAUACGCAAAGAUAUUGCUGCUUACAUUGAACAAAGAGAUGAGGGAGUGCCUUCUAACUGGGAAAACAUUUACCUCACCACUGGAGCAAGUGAUGGCAUUAUGACUAUUCUGCGACUGCUGGUGUCUGGGAAAGGCUCUUCUCGGACUGGUGUAAUGAUCCCCAUCCCUCAGUACCCUCUCUACUCCGCUGCUAUCUCAGAGAUCAGCUCAGUACAGAUCAACUACUACUUAGAUGAGGACAACUGCUGGGCUCUGGACAUCAAUGAACUUCACAGAGCCUAUCAGGCUGCCAAACAGCACUGCCAGCCCCGGGUCAUUUGCAUCAUCAACCCUGGCAACCCUACUGGUCAGGUCCAGAGUAAAAAAUGCAUUGAAGAAGUCUUGCACUUUGCCUAUGAGGAGAAUCUCUUUGUUAUGUCAGAUGAGGUGUAUCAGGACAAUGUAUACGCUCCUGACUGUCAGUUUCACUCCUUCAAGAAGGUGCUAUAUGAGAUGGGUGCUGAGUACUUUAACAGUGUGGAGCUCGUCUCCUUCCAUUCCACCUCCAAAGGGUACACGGGAGAGUGUGGCUUCAGGGGUGGAUAUAUGGAGGUGGUCAACAUGGAUCCUGAAAUCAAGGUUCAGUUGGAGAAACUUAUAUCAGUGAGACUAUGUCCCCCCUUGGCCGGACAGGUUGCGAUGGAUGUCAUUGUCAACCCUCCACAACCAGAAGAGCCCUCGUUCAACCAAUUCCACCAGGAGAAAUCUGCUGUGCUGGAUGCAUUAGCAGAGAAAGCAAAGCUAACUGAGCAGAUCCUGAAUGCAGUUCCAGGAAUCAAGUGUAAUCCCGUCCAGGGGGCCAUGUACGCCUUCCCCCGCAUCUUUAUCCCUCCUAAGGCAGUGGAGAAAGCCAAUGCCCUAGGAAUGCAGCCUGACAUGCUCUACUGCCUGAGGUUGCUGGAGGAGACAGGAAUCUGUGUCGUUCCUGGUAGUGGCUUUGGGCAGAAAGAUGGCACAUUCCAUUUCAGAAUGACAAUCCUGCCACCUACAGAGAAGCUAAAGGUACUCCUUGGCAAAGUGCAAGAUUUCCAUAUCAAGUUCAUGAAAGAAUAUUCUGCUCUGGAGCAGCUACAGAGAUGAGAUCUGCCCUGAUCUGGAAAGCAUAUAAGUUUGCCAGCUCCAGCACAUGGCUACUUAACACACUAGCCCCUCAUUAAAACUGUAAAGAUAGUGUUAAGUACUGUAUCUUGCUGGGUUUUUAAUCCUCAUUUUAAAACUUGAUUUAAGGGAUUUAUAAAAACGACUGCCUUGUGUACUGAUACAUUUGGUCGAUCUGUUUUUGGGAGAUGAUCUGGGAGUUUUGGGGAAAUUAUUACCCGUUUAGUCAGAUGUAACACUAAAGCUUGAAUUUUGAAAAUGGCACACAACAAAAGUCAUCUAGCAAUGCAUUUUCUUGUUUAUUUUGCAUUUAAAUCAAAUCUUUUUUUCUCCCCAAUUUGGAAUGCCCAAUUCCCAAAUCAUCAAUUCUUAAACAGGGUGCAUGAUCAACCUGAUCAGACACCCUUUAUCAUAAAUAAGAUUCAACAAAAAAUAAGAAGUUUCCAAAACCAGGACACUUUGGCUGUUAUUUGCACCAAUAUACAGAAUUCUUUUAUUUUGUUUGCAUGUGCCCCUGAAAAUAUAUUCCUGUCCUUCAUGUUGCACCUUUAUGAAUUAUACAAAACUAUUUUGACUGAUGCAAAUUUGCAUUUUUCACUUUUACCAUUGUAUAUUUAAGAGGGAAAGGGGUUGUUUUGUGACUGAAACAUUGAAGGUACAUGUUAUAGUUUUGGACAGUUUACAAGGAGGGAAUUAUUUUAACAUUUAUGUUGCCCUGACCAUUGUUGUACUCAUUGCCAUGACAAACUUUUUAGUGGCUAGUGGAAAACGUGGAGUGAAGGGAGCAUGUGUGGUAAAAAGUCUAGUUGCUGGCCUAUAAUUAAUGUUUACUCCUGUAUUUAUUACACUGCUUUAGCUGUGAAAGAAAUGUGAAAUGUGAAAAUCUUCAUCGCAGACCUGUUUGAAAGAAAUCAGUUCAUUUCCUUUUUUAUUUUAUUUUUUACAAUAUUUACAAUUUAAACACAAGCCAUUAGGCCAGAUAUAUUUGUGCCAAAGUCUCCUCAUUAUCUGUCAUUGUACUUUUAUAUCAAAGCCAUUAAGAGUAAAUAAAUAUUAAUGCAGCACUAUUCUUUUAAGCUAAAUUAACAUCCUAUCACUUCAUAUGAGGUGCCUUCACUCAUGCUUAUGAGUUUUAAUGAAUUGAUUUCUUUUUCUCUAUAUGCAGUAGCAUAGCUUGUAAAAAUGUAAAGUUUUUUCUAAAUAUAGUUUCUUUUAUGUAGUUUUUGUUUACAGAUUUUUGAGAACUGGCCCAGUGUUUACAAAUUGUAAAUACUAAUUGCAGUUGAUUACCAAUUUAAAGUUGGUUGCAUCUGUUCCAAUUCAAGUUUUGACCUUUUGUUUUUAAUAAAGAUGACAAAAUUGGGUCAUUAAUCUUUUUAGUGUAUAAUUUGUCCAUGUUUGCCAAACAGUUUCCCUUGGGGAUUAAUAAAGGAUUUUUA